AAUCUCCAUGAUGGCUUCGAUUGUUACGAUAUCAGCAAUGGAAGGCACUUGGCUAAUCUCCCAACUCCAAUCAUCCACAAUGUCCCGCUACCUUCACUAUUCAUCGAAGAUGAUACAUUCAUAUUGUGCGGAAGCUCUUGCGGCUAUGUUUUGCUAUAUUCUGGAAAUAUGAAGAACAUCCGCCAGGUAUUGAGACAUGGUGGU